CAGAAAAUAGAAUCCAGCGCAUGCGCCGUUUUAACCUCACAAACGGGGAUACGGGAGUUCUCGUAAUCUCUCAAAAUACACUCAAAAAUGAUUUAAAACUACUUAAACAAACAUAAAAAUCUCUUCGUAUUCAUGUUGAACGUACGACAACCCUCGUUGGAACUUCAAAUGGACGAUGAGGCCGUAAUUGCCACAAAUGAUGAUGCUAGUGAAUGUAAACGUGGAGCGGUUCAAUUGGGGUAUUGGGAAGAUAGAUAUGUGACACAAUUUAUUAAAACUUCGCAUAGAAGGGCUCCGGAAAUUAAUCGGGGUUAUUAUGCCCGUGUUAAAGGUGUUGAAAGGUUUAUUCAUAAAUUUUUAGAACGAGCUGGAGAUAAAGCUCAAAUUAUAAAUUUGGGGGCUGGAUUUGAUACCCUUUAUUGGAGGUUAAAAGAUCAAGAGGUUCGAUUAAGUAGUUUUGUUGAAAUUGAUUUUCCAAGCGUAACCUCUAGGAAAUGUUAUUUUAUAAAAAGAAAUAAACAGUUACUUCAGAGGAUACAUGAAAAAGAUCAAGAAGUUAAAUUAAGCCCAACCGAUUUACAUGCAGGUCCGUAUCAUUGCAUCGGAGUUGAUUUAAGAAACAUUGGAGAACUUGAAAAUAAACUUCAUCAAGCUGAAAUUAAUUUUUCACAUCCAACUUUGUUCAUUUCUGAGUGUGUAUUGGUUUAUAUCGAAAAUGAUUGUGUUAAUCGACUUUUAACAUGGAUUCAAACGAAAUUUCCAUCAGCUUUAUUUGUUGUUUAUGAAAUGUGUAACAUGAAUGAUACUUUUGGACAUGUUAUGUUGGAAAAUAUGCGAGCUAGGGGUUGUACUCUCGCGGGGAUUUCAUCCUGUAAAAGCUUAGAAACGCAGAGACAAAGAUUCGAAGAAAAUAAUUGGACCGGCUCGAAAUCGUGGGAUAUGGUCGAAAUUUAUAAAUCGAUACCAAACGAUGAAAGAGAAAGGAUUGAAAAAUUAGAAUUUUUAGACGAACAGGAAUUGCUUGUACAACUUUUUCAACAUUAUUGUGUGUGCAUAGGUUGGGUUGGUAAUCAAUUCUCCGAUUGUGACUUGGAUUAAGAUGAAAUAAGACUUUUUCAGACAUUUUGUGUUCCCCAUUUUUCGUUUUCAACGUUUUACUCGCAUAAUAUGGAUAUAAAUAUUUUUUGUAUAAAAAACAACUACAUGUAUUUAAAAUAAAUACUUCGAUAUUUAAUAAUUACAUAAAAUAAUUAACUUAAAGGCAAAGGAAAAUGUAUAGCUCUUGAGUUAAUAAAAGAUAUUAAAUAAUAAAAGA